AUGAUGCUGGCCCUCAUCCUGGGUUGGUGGCUGGUGGCAGUGAGCAGGACACAGCAACUGCCCCGACCCUCCCUGUCACUGCACCCCAGCCAGGGGAUAGAAGUGGGGGACAAUGUCACCCUGUGGUGCCACCUGCCGAAGCCAGCUGCCUGGGUCCAGCUCUGCCAGGAAGGAGGUUUCACCCCCUGCAUGAAGAAGUACAACGUUCAGGACGUGGCCGUGUUCUCCUUUGCUGUCACAAAGUGGGUGCACACAGGGACAUACCGGUGCCAGUACCGGGUGUCUGAGCCAGCAGAGACAUCAGAGAGGAGUGACCCCGUGGAGCUGGUGCUGACAGAUCACUGAUUCCCACCACCUGGCAUUUCCAUGAGCCCCAAGGAACGUGUGGGCAUGGGGACCAACAUCACCAUCCGAUGCAGCAACAUGUACCAAGGGGCCACCUUCCUGCACAAGGACGGGCACUCAGUCCCUAUCCAGCAGCAGGACCCUGAUGGUGGGGGCACGGCCACCUUCACCCUCGUUGGGGUGACUCCAGCUGACACCGGCACCUAUAGGUGCUCCUACCACCCCAAGGGCUUCCCCUUUCUGUCCUCUCCACUUGGGGACAGCGUGGCACUGGAGGUGACACCCACACCUCCAAUGGCAGAGUCCCAUGGGAACCUGGUGGUGGCAGUGCUGAGGGUCUGUGCUGCUGCCCUCAUCUUCUGCCUUGGCGUCUUCUUUGUCCUCAAUGCCCGUAAUCUCUGGAUACGGAGAGAUGGGAGCCCU